GGUUUCAAAGUUGUUCAACCUUUCCUCAAAAAGGCGCACAUCCCACAACAUGAUGGAGGCCAAUAUUAAAAUGUGUCUCUGCGUUGCACUUGCUGUUGCACUGACAGGUAUGAGACGUAGAAAUCAGGCAGUUGACAGACAUUUCUUGGAUUUCUGAUGUUUACUGCUGUUUCAACUUUUUUUUUUUUUUUAGAUUUGGGGAUGUCUACAUUUCCUGGAAAAACCCACAGCAGAGGGAAGGAUGAUCCUGUGCUGCAGUAUGUUGUUAACAACUCAUUGAGGGAGCAUCCAGUGCUCACCAAGCUCAGACUGGUAAGAGAAACAGAAACUUUGACCUGCUAAACCUAUAAACCUUAAUGCACAGAAAGCUUAGAUCUGCUGGAGUGAUGAUAGCUUCUAUUGAUCUGACAAACAGUGAGAGUUAACAUAAUCCUGCUACUCCUGGAGUUCUCUUGACUAGAUUUGGAAAGAGAACAAAACCACAACAACAACAAAAGACUUAAAUGAUAAAACUAAAUAGGAUGAUAGGGACGAGACUCUUGACAUAAUAUAUCUAAAUAAGUGUAAUGUAAUUGAGAUGUUCACAAAAUUCACAAAAACUACUUAACUUUGUUCGUUUUUGUUCGAUUUAUGCAUAUGUACGUUUAUAAAAUAGGUAAUCCUGCAGUAUUUGAUUCUAAUCCAAGUUAAGAUGAUAUCACUUUUCGACUUUUACUCUCAAUGUUGCAAACUUUUGGCUUUUAUUUUCACUUAAUUUUUUUUUAAAUGUAAAACUUCAACAACUUCCUCCAAUCACCAGCUGCACGACAUCUGAUCAGGUCGAGGAAGAGGGAAGAACCAGCACCCUUCUCAUAUUUAUAUUUUCAAAUCUGCUCCCUAUAAGAUCAUUUUCACUUCUUUUGAUCAGCUCAAGCUUAGCAUGGGUAGGCACAUGUAGAGAUGUAUCAAUAUGCUAAAGCCAUCAGCUGGUUAUUUGGGUCAGAAGAUGGCUAGUUGGUCAUCUGGUGCUCCAGGCCACAGAUGAUUGAGGCUUUGAAGUUGUUGCUGCUAAACUUUAAAAAAUCAGUGAACAUUUUGAUUACUUUAAAAGUUGCAGAGGACAUGCAUGCACAGAAUUCUAUUUGUUUGGUUUGAGUUUCCUGUAACAUUGAAUACAUAGUCUUUUUUUUUUUACAUGUAAAUUUCACAUAUAAAGGAACAUUAGUCUACAAUUGGACUGUAUAAUAUAUGACCACUAGAGGGCAGCAUAGUGCCAGAGAACACACAGCUACCUGCACUCUGCUCCAAAGUAAAAUAAGAUCAAUAAGGUUUUAUUCUUCUUCCAGAGAACCCUUCAGGACACCUGGAGUAUCAUGCUGGUUUCCACUGAGCAAGCCCAGCUGAUGGCAAACCUCAUUAAGUUGAUAAAUGGAACGAAAGCGAUUGAAAUUGGUGAGUUUAUGUGAGAUACAGACCAUUUCAUCUAAAGCUUUUGGAAUUGAGAAACAAGUAUUUGCCAUUUAAGUUAUGUAGGAUUACUUAGUCUUUGUCAAAUUUUACACUAUUGUAAACGUAGCAGUAAUCACACUAAGUCUAAAUUACUUAGUUAUUGGGAUGCCCCAUAUACAGAGAUGAGCCCUUGUCAUCGGUUUAAUAUGUUGUAACUCAACUCAACUCAACUUUAUUUGUAGAGCACUUUAAAACAACCACAGCUGUACAAAGUGCUGUACAUAACAGGACAAAAACAACAAGAUAAAAAACAAUCAAGAAACAAUUAAAACAAUGGAUAAAAUAAAAGCAGAAUUAAUAAUAAAAUAUAGCUUCAAUGUUUUUAAAAACUAAUUUAAAAACAUAGAAACAAAUAACUAAAAACAAACCAUAAAACACUAAAACAGGAGCCGAGUCUCAUGGAGGGUUAAAAGCCAAUGAAUAAAAAUGGGUUUUAAGACGAGUUUUAAAAAUGGACAGUGUGGGGGCUUCUCUAAUUUGGAGGGGUAGCUUGUUCCAUAAAAUUGGGGCAGCAACAGAAAAAGAUCUAUCCCCUCUGAGCUUCCGUUUGGACCUCGGUACCUCCAGGAGCAGCUGAUCAGCUGACCUGAGGCACCGAGCUGGGGUGUAGGGGUGGAGAAGCUCAGAGAGGUAUGAUGGAGCCAGACCAUUUAAAGAUUUAAAAACAAAUAAAAGAAUCUUAAACUGGUGAUGAAAACUGGUGAUGAAACUGGUGAUGAAAAAAGAAAAGCAACUGUUGAUAUCGGACUUGUGACUGCCAAUACUGAUAUGAUGCCCAUUAUGUCAAAAGACCAUUAAUCAGCCAAACUAAUCAGUCCAUUAGACCAUUAGCAACAAGGCUGACUUAUGCUACAUGGUAUUUACAGGUGUCUAAAGCUGCUGCCAUGGAGUCGGUGUUGAGUUUAUGACCCAAAGAAAAUCAUCCUUUUUUGUCUAUAUCUGAAAAUGUCUCACAGAAGCUUUAAAUCAGUUUUAUUUUUCCUGUGCAGGAAUGUACACAGGGUACAACGCACUGAACAUGGCAUUAGCAAUGCCGAAGACUGGCCGUGUGGUUGCUUGUGAAAUAAAGCAAACAUAUGUGGACAUUGCCCGACCUUUUUUUGAAGAGGUAAGAGCAGAUCUGUCCUACUCACAUGAAUCACUUGUCUGUUCAUGGUUAAAGAAGAUUCUAGUAAGAUUUAAGUUUUCUCCAUGAAACCUUUAAUCUGAAAUCCAUCACUGAGAGUCUCAUUUCUCAAAGCAGCUCUUAUGCGAGUUUUGUGAGAUGGACUGUUGCCUUUAUCUGAGUGAAAUAGUGCAGUAGACAGCAAAGUGCGCAUCUACUUUCUGUCAGUGUGUCUUCGCUGAAUUCUGCCUGGUGAAUGGUCAAAAGGUGUCUGCUCAGGAGACUGUGUGUCACUUAAGUUGCAAAGUCAAGCAAUAAAAUCUCUCCCUGUUUGAGCCUUUGCUGGCACUCUUUAAAAAAACGACUGAAAAAGAGAAACAACUCACAACCUUUGUAUCUCUUUCGCACAAUUUAUCAUAUUUUCUCUAGGCUGGAGUGGAAAAUAUGAUAGAUGUACGACUCCAAAUGGCCUCGACAACACUAGGUUAGUAAUAAGUAAAGUAAAAAAUCUCAAUAAAUAAUUCUGAUAAAAAUUUACUUUUAUUUUAAGUUGUCACCCUGUUUUAUUAGAUGAGCUGAUUGAAGCUGGAGAAGCUGGAACAUUUGACUUUGUAUUUAUUGAUGCUGACAAAGUCAACUACGACACAUACUACGAGAAGUCCCUUGAGCUUGUUGUGUCUGGGCUGUCCUCGAUGUGUAGAUGCAGAAGGAGGCUUCGUGACACUGGCUUGCUUGUAUAAGAGGAGUUUAUUUUAAAGACAAAAACCAGUAUCAAUACAGCACUGCAGUUGCUGGGAGAGGACUGCCAAUGAUGUCCAGCUCUUCCAAACCAGAAUUUGUGACCCUGUUAUAUACAGUUAGGGCUGUAAGCCCUCCUACAUUUUUAGUUUGUUCUGAGCUAACUUUCCUUACCCUCUGGUGUUUGCUUAACCUAGAGUGGUGGUCCGUGACCUGUGACCUGUGACCUGUGAAGUGUGCCUUCCGGGACAUCUCACCGCAGGUGUCAUUGAUGCUAAACAAGGCAAACACAAGCCCACAUCCCAAAGUUGGCUCUCAGGCUAUUUCUGAGAAAUACCUUAAAGCUCUGCAUAUUGCUGUAGUACUCCAGAUACCACAUAUUUCCCCCCUUCGAGACUCCAUAGAGUCUCGAAAAAAGGUGAAGACAUGUUUAUAAUUUCAUUUUACUCUUAAAAUUUGGAGUGUGAGAGCGAAAACCUGUCAGGCAGCUAUCGUUCCAUUAGUAUCCAUCAGACAAUCUAGACAGGAAAAAGUCACUCACGGUCCCUCUGCCCUAGGCGACCACCUAGUGUACUCCAAUCCAAUUGAAAGGUAAGGGUUAGAUUUUAUGUGGAAAUAAUGUUUGGCGCAAAUAUUCUUGGGAAUCUCAGAAACAAAUUUAAAAUUAUCCACAGUCAAGCUGGUCAUCCCAUCGAACCUUCCAGUGGACCUAUCCCUGCCUAACACCACUGAUCCUACAACGAGAAAACAAAGAAAAUACCUGAGAUCCCAAUACAUUCACUUUACAACUUAAGCUAUGACUCACUAACCCCCCUUUCAUAAUUUCCAUUCUUCCUAUGCUGUUUGGCAUUGACAUGAACAUUAAAUACAACACAGAAAGAUAAAUUGACAUUCAUAGCCCAGAUUAUAUAUUAACAACUCUAUGCUUAAAAAUGAAUAAUAAUUUUUGUUCCUUAACAUCUUUGGCUGCUUGUGUAGUGUUCUUGUCCAUGGGUGUUGUCCGUUUGUGUAUCCAAUGCAAUGUCCUUGUUCACAUCCUCUGUCAGGUUUCAGUUUUGUUUAAAUUGUCCAUGUUUGGUUGUCUUGUUGGGAGGUGUGGGUCCAUUAGGCUGUUUAGAUGUCUGGAGAACCACCUUUCUUUAGCUGGUCUCCCCACCUGCUGUCCUGAGAAUGAAAAAUUAAGCAGUAUCUUGCCAAAAACAUACAUUUUUGUUUGUUUGACAUGUUUAUCCUAUUUCCCCCUAAGUAAUACCUCCCCUUUACAUCAUCAAAAUGUAAAACUGUGUGCUUGUCAAUCUUACCCAGAGCGUUUUUCAUCACCCCAUUCGUUUUUUUGUUUUUUCACAGAUACCUUGGCUUUGCGGAUGAUACACAGCUCCCAAACGUUGUUUAAUUCCUAAUUUUUGUAAAAUUAACCGCACCGUUUUAUCCACAAACUCCUUCCCAUUAUCUGAGGAUAUGCGAUCUGGAAGUCCCCAUCUGCUUAUGACUUCCCUACACAAAAACUUGGCAACAUACUGAGCAUCUUUCCGCUUGGUUAGACAAGCUUCAACUGUUACACCUUCGAACAUUACUUUUUAGACACAUUGUACAUCUAUUUAUGACAUAAUCAAAAAUUUGUGGUGCUCAAAAACCUAUUCCUUUAUGAUGUUUCUUGUAACUUCCCCCCUUGCAUCAUUGGCUAACUUUGGCCUCCUGAAUCGUUAAUCCAAGUAGGUCUGGAGGUGUCACCAUCAGCCCUUCAUGAUUCCUCUGAUAGAGCUUUCUUCUACUCAAUAACAGUCAAGUGCAUAAUGUCCUAGUUGUCCACACCUAUAACAUGCUUCUGAAAAUGCGUGGAAGUUUGGGUUGAAGUUUCUGUCUUCAGCGCUUCCACUCCAUGUCUGCCACUGACUGAAGGCUGGUUGUGCAUAUGAACCUAAAGGAGCUACUGGCGUCAGCUGGGGUGGUCGGUCAUGCAUAUGUUCCUGUUGCAGUUGCAUUUUUGCCUCCUCUGAUUGAGAUUGGCUCUGCAUAACCACAGCUUGUUUCUUGUCUUUCUUUUUGCUAUUUCCCAAAUGUAUCUGGUUAAGUUGUCUCAGGAUCUCUUGAUCAUGCUCUCUCUGCUCGUUCUGUUUCUUCCUGUACAACUCAACUUGAUGUGCUACAUGGUCUGUGUAUACCCCUUUUGUCAUACUACCAAGACCAACCACCUCUUCUAAUUUGCUUCUUACUGGCUGGGGCAACCCUUUUUGUAUUUUGGUUCGCAAAAUAGACUGCUCCAUUUGGUGCAUGUCUGGAUCGUUUCCUGUAACAUUUCUCCACAUUUGAUGAGCCUUUGAUACAUAAGCUCUUGGAUUCUCUUGUGGUCCUAGUGGUUCAAUUAUAAUGCUAUCUGGAUGUACAUUUGUUGGAAAUACAUCUCUCAAUGAUCUCCACAUCCGUGCUCUACACACAGCAAACAGUUCUGGGUCAUUUACCGCAGUCCCUGCAUACCGGUUAAGCCCUGCUCUCUGCAAGAUCUCUUCCAUAGCUGGGACCCCUAAAAUGCUGGCUAGGAGUCUCUUGAUGUCUCCCAUAGCAGGCUGCCAUCCCACCAUAAUUUCCUCUAACUUGGAAAUCCAAGGGUGAGCUCCUUCCUGAAGAGUAGGCAACUUUUCAAGAAUAUCUGACAUGUCUGUAUUUUGCAGAGGCUUGUACUCCAAAUUCUGUCCCCGAACAAUAACUGGACACAUUUUCCCAGCUGGCUUAUCCCCUUUUCUUGGGCGUAAGGAAUACCCUGAAGUGGAUGGCUUUUCAACUCCUUUUUUCUUCAAGUCAAUUUUUAUUACUUGUAGCUCUUCUAAUUCUUCCCUUAAUUCUCUAUGUUUUUCAGGACUGGUAGCACUACUUAUGUCGCUAUAGCAUUUAUCGAUGCGUUUCUCAAUCCUUCUCAAAGCCUUGUGCCUCUCCUCAUCUUCAGUCCUUGGUGUUGACCAAAGGGAAUAUGAAGACUCUUCACUGUCUGAUUUUUCAUCCCUAUCAUUAUCUUCACUCUCCUCUGAGGUGUCUUUUACUGGCUCUUUUUUCCUCAGUGAUUUUCCUCCUCUUCUCUCUGCUCUGGCUAAUAUGUUCCUGACUGCUGGGUCGUAGCCUCCAAUAGCCUCUUCUGAAUCACUCUGACUAUCACCUCCCCUUUCUAUUUUUCUAUAUUUUUGUUCACCCCUAGCUGCUGGAUGACCUGUUUUCUUUUUACUCUUACUGUUUGGGUACAUUUUUAUAGUUGUUUUAGCUGUUCCUGUCUCUAUCAUCUGCUCCUCCUCAUCUUUAAUGUGAUACACGCCCUCCUGUUUAAUUACGGGGAGCUGAGGAUAAACAUCAGUGUACCUUAUCUCUUUCUCAUACGGUGGGGGGCUCUUCACUGGGGUCAUGUGUGAAAAAGGUUUAUUCACUUCUGCCAUCAAUUUUUCUGUUGAUUUAACAUUUAUGUUUAUUUCUUCUACAAUCCUGUCCUUUCUUUCCUUAUCGGAUUUUAGCAUCUUCUGCCCCUCCUGCUCAAAUAAUUGUAAAAUAUUAAGCUCCCUCUGUCUCUUUUCUUGCCGUUUCUUUCCCUUCUUUCCUUUCUUUUGCUCUGCCUUAUAGGUGGACACUAGCACGUGCAUUGUUUUAACCACUUCAGGAUUAAGGGUACCUUCCACUGGCCAAGGCUGGUCAAUGUCAGGCCACCUCUUACUCCAUUUCUUAGACAUCUUUUCGAUACCCAUAACAAGUGGAUUACUUUUUAUCACUGCAUCAACUGGAGUGAUAGCUUUCACACCUUUAACGUCCUUCUUUGGCAUUGUGCUACUGCUUUUAAAUGUCUUCAUAGGAAUCAAAACACCAACAGAUGACCAAACACGUUUAUUCACAGUGAAUUUACCUUAAAGCAAGACAAGCCAAAGAAAUCUGCCAGCCCCAGAGACUCACAACUUGUCAACACCCGAAAAAGGUCACGUUGUGUGAUUUUACCAAGCAGCAAUGACAAAUCACCUCCACGAGCUUCAGCAACUUUUAGACCUCUUUGAAAUGCUCUUUUAAUUCAACAAUACUAUGGUACUUAAUCAGCCCUUUCAACUGGUCAGUCUAUUGCCAAGCCUUUCUUUUUACCCACAAAACUACUGCUUUUAUUGUUUAACACUACCAAAUGUGUACCCCCAACUAAAUGUAUUCCUGCUAUAAAUGUAUGUAUGUACAACUAAGUAGCAUAGGAGAAGAGUUUGUAGAUAAAACUGUACUGGCCUGUCAAAUGGGAGCAGGACCUGGUGAGCCUCUCAUCCGCAAGCCCCCUCUUGUUGCAGCACAGCCAAUUAUCUCCUUAUCUGUUUUAUGGGCGCUCCAGCGUCAGAUGCCUUUCAUUCUCCUCUCCCCUCUCAUGCAUCAGUGUUAAGGACAAAAGACAAAUCAAAUGCUUAGUAUAUUGCAAUCACUUCAUUCAAUAUAAUUUAAACGUUUACUACCACUAUUUAAAGAUUUUUUCUACUAUCUAAAUACUAAACUUUAUUUUACACAAUUCCCCUUUAUCAUGGUAUAUUAUUUAAACUUUUCACACAACUAGGAUAGUUAAACCAGAGUUUUUAGCUUUCUUUCUGUUCUCAGGCCUGUAAGAAUGAUCAUCAGCAAGUGACCAUCAACUUUACAUAUUCACACACACACAGAGGAAAACCACACCCAUCAGUUAGCAUAUCACUCUAUUUUACCCCACUCUCUUACUCUGUUUUUUCCUGUAUCUGUAUGAACACAAAUGUGCUUGCUGGUUUUUACACUUCUUUAAUUGUCAUUUUACUUGAGGAUGUUAUCACCAUCCAAAGUCCUCCUCAUCUAAUAAGGGGCUCAUUUCUUACUUUUAGGUGUACAAACGUCCUCUUUAUCCUGAGAGGCUCAUAGCAGUUACUUAUUCUAUUAAUGUCCCUGUACAAAGAAAAACAGGGCUCAUAUGUUUUUUAACACUACAAAGGCAACAGUAUCUCUUCCCUUAUAUGUUAAUGUCUUAUAUCAUAUCAUUAUAUAUUUAAUAAGACAUCAUUUAUCACUUUAUCAAAAGUUAAUCACUUAUAUUUAUACAAGACCAUUCCCCAACUUUGUGCACACACCACUCACUGCACAUAGACUCUUUUGCACUCACACUCACAGCUCAGCACCCAUACACACACUCCUCUCACCCACACACCAGAAACUUCUCUCACACACUCAAACUCCAGCACACCUCUUCUCACGGCGCUCAAUGUUUCCUUACUAUAGUAUAUAGGCCUUUUAUUCUUCUUUAAACUGUCCUUACCGGUUUGUAUACCCAAUUGCGUCGUCCCUAACUUUAUAUUAACUUAAUUUCUUUUUCUUUAAACUGUCCUUACCGGUUUGUUAUGCCCAAUCACGACUUCCCUAACAUUAAGUUAACUUUUUCUCUUUUUCGGCCAUCUCAGCCUAGGCCAUCUCAGCCUUUUUCUCUUUUUAAUUUGUCUCUUUACCUUUUAUCUCUUUUCAUCAUUUAUUUGCCAAUUACCCUGGGCUCCGGGUUUUACUCCUCACUUUUCUUUCCACGCCCCGAAUUCGACUAUCCUUUUUGAGCUAGACGUUCACAUUAGUCACUAAUUUACACUUUGUCUUACAGUUAAGAAGAUAUGGGCCCUGUCUUCGUUAAUCUUGCAAGGUUAUUUAGCACACUCCCAUUACUAGUCUCUGCUAUUCUAUUUUUGGCAUCUCUUUUUAAUCUAUUUUAACAUCUUUUCUUCUCUACAACUUCUUUUCUUUUCUAUUCUACUCAAAUUUAGACGAAGCCUCUCUUCAACAGCACAUCACAGCAUUUCCACACAAGUACUUUUACACAGUACAGCCAAACAGCUGAACACAACAGCUCCCACAACUAAACCAGCAGCACUUUAUGUGAGUAAAACACUCACCUGGCGCCAAUGUGGUGCAGGAAUAGAUGCGCUGAAGCUGCAGUGAUCCUCUGAAGGCCGUAGCUGAUCCUGUUCGUGACGCCAAUUUGUUGUGUCUGGGCUGUCCUCGAUGUGUAGAUGCAGAAGGAGGCUUCGUGACACUGGCUUGCUUGUAUAAGAGGAGUUUAUUUUAAAGACAAAAACCAGUAUCAAUACAGCACUGCAGUUGCUGGGAGAGGACUGCCAAUGAUGUCCAGCUCUUCCAAACCAGAAUUUGUGACCCUGUUAUAUACAGUUAGGGCUGUAAGCCCUCCUACAUUUUUAGUUUGUUCUGAGCUAACUUUCCUUACCCUCUGGUGUUUGCUUAACCUAGAGUGGUGGUCCGUGACCUGUGACCUGUGACCUGUGAAGUGUGCCUUCCGGGACAUCUCACCGCAGGUGUCAUUGAUGCUAAACAAGGCAAACACAAGCCCACAUCCCAAAGUUGGCUCUCAGGCUAUUUCUGAGAAAUACCUUAAAGCUCUGCAUAUUGCUGUAGUACUCCAGAUACCACAAGCUCAUACGCAAAGGAGGCAUCAUCGCGAUUGACAAUGUGAGUAUAUUUGACGAGGAAUCAGUCUAAGAACACCUGCUGUGGUAUGAGGAUGUACACACCUUGUUUAGAUCACAUUAAAGUGCUCUUUUGUUUCUGUUUUUAAAGGUGCUGUGGGGGGGAAAGGUUAUAGAUCCCGCUCCUGAGGACCUCUCAUCACAGGCUCUGGACGCUCUUAAUAAAAAGCUACACAAAGACGAGAGGAUUGAUCUGAGCAUGCUCACUGUGGGCGACGGGCUGACCCUUGCCAUAAAACGCUAAAUGAUGCUAUUCUUUUCGUAAUGCUGUUAGUGCCUGUGACUUCUCAAAGAUAAUAAAAAAUAAAAGAGCCAAAAUAA